GCAUAUCAGUUGAGAAUCGGUAAAUGCACUCGACGAGAACUAGGACGCGGUCUGGAUGUCUGCCCUGUCGCAGCCGUCGCAGGAAAUGUGUGAUGAAAGACGCCCGCAGUGUCAACGCUGUCAAGCGCGUGGCUACAUCUGUCAGUGGGGCCUGAAGGCCUCUUUUCAUCCCUCCCGUAGCCUCCGGUUGUCAACUCCCGAGAGGGCAGCCCUCCUAGAAAUCGAGAAGGGACGGAAAGGACCCGCGACUGAUCUACAGAGUGAUAAUCAGAAGUCGUCACUGGAGCCUUCCGCACCAAUUAUUAUAGAUGAUACUGCAGAGGUAAUCAGGUAUUAUCGGGAGCCUUCCGAUGGCUUUUCACCGUAUAGCUCUGAUCCCCUACGCGAUGAGUCCCCGUUGCCUAAUGAGACAUAUCCGGGCGUCCCACGGACGGAAGAUGCUCAACUCACGCUCAAUAUCGCCUCAUAUGAUCCUGUCCGGGCGAACGCAAAUGCCAGAAGGUCGCUUGUUAACGAAGUCACUAUCGAAAGUCUGCUGUCCCCUGCGCAGUCAGGUAGUCUAAGCGAUAUCGGUGAGAACAGGCUGCGACAAGAUGAUCCAGUACAAGUGCGGCAGUUGGUAGACAGUCCUAGUUCAUAUGCGCUGCCGUUCUCUUUAGGACUGGCUGCGUCUCGGAAUGCGUCAUGGUUGCCGGAGCCCUCAAUGCCAAUAACAAGCGAGGAAAGUGCCCAUUUGUUCUCGUUAUAUCUCUAUGAGACUGGGACUUGGUGUGAGACCACUGAUUCGGAGAGGCAUUUCACACUGAGCAGUGUCCACCAGAUGCUGGCUUCGAAAUCGUUCCUUGCAUCGGCCAUUGCAUUGGCAUCGCGACAGCGAGAUGCCGUCCAAGACCAGCAAAGAUCACUGACACUCGAGCUGUAUCAAUAUACAAUUCAACUCUUACUCCGUCAGGAUCCGGAUGAAGCAAGCGCAGCCGUAUUGGCGACUUGCACUCUUCUUUGCGUCUACGAGAUGAUGGCGUCAUGUGUGUGGGAGUGGCGGCGUCACCUGAAGGGCUGUGCCAGUCUCUUGCAUUCUCGAAAAUGGAACGGUUCAUGUAGCGGAAUUGUAAAGUCCUGCUUUUGGGCCUUCGCUCGAAUCGACGUCUGGGCUGCCUUCAUUAGCUGCAAGCGGCUUCUCAUUCCUACUGACUCGUGGGUCGAUAAUAGUUCCAUUUCGUGGGUAGCAGCCAAUGGCACGCUUGAUGAUUAUUGCAACUUGGCAAUUCUCGUCUUUGCACGGAUCGUGAAUCUCCUAGCGGACGCCCAGCUUUGCCAUAGGGAUAGCGAUUCUGUGUACUACUCUUCCGUCAAAAACCUCUGGGACGAACUUCAAGAGUGGUGGCGCCUGCGUCCCAAAGAAGUUUGUCCCCUACUCAGGGAGACGCCGAUGGGCACGAACCCUUUCCCAGCCGUGAUAUUUUCCCGGUCAUCUUCCAUUUGUGGUAAUACCUUUUAUCAUGCUGGCUCUAUUUUACUCCUUCAAUCUGGCUGUCUCAGGAGAAGAGUCGAGACUUCUGACUCUAUAAUGAAUCCUGUCUGGCAUGCUCGUGAACUUGGCGGGAUUUCUGUUUCGAAUAUUUCACAUCCUAACUGGGUUAAUCAAUUACAACCUCUUUAUAUUGCUGGCACGGCGUUUUCGGAGAAUCACGUCAGCUUUUUCCAAAGCACAACCGGACGUGACCAGUCCACGCGGGUUAGCUCUCGCCUAGAGGUCCCUUGGGGCUGCCCGGUUCCUCCAGUAGCCGCAGAUAUAAGCGAAAAGUAUGCCUCUGAGAAGAUCGCGCUUCUAAAGCAAUUGGCAAGAAUUGAGUCUGAGACAGGCUGGAAAACCUCAGACCGGGCCUCGGAGUUGCGGAACCUCUGGGGAUUUCGGUAGGGAUGAGAAGUCAUUAUGGUCGGGUACAGGUUGCUCAGCGAAUGACAAUUGACCAAUGGCCCCAGGAUUGUAUUUAUGUAUCAGGAGGCACACUAUCUGAUAGCUUUUUUGAUGAACGCAAUCCAUGUAAGCCCCAGCCAAUCCAGGCAGCUCUUGAG